UGGCUGCGCUCCCUUUCAUUCCGCAGGGAGCGUCGGCGGGGAAGGGCGAGCCAUGAAUGGGGCGCGGAGCCUUUGUACGUUGGUGGACGUUCGCAGCGAGGACGACAGCCUGGAAAGUGUGAAAAUAUUAAGGCUGACGCUGCAGAAUGAUCUCCCAGGCGACAGGCGAGACCCAGCGAAGCCGAAGCCGGUGGGAAGAGCCUUUGCCAUGGUGGCCAACCGGCCCACGGGCAGCCACGCCUUGGCUUCGGAGUGCGUCAAGUCCAGCGAGGGGGAUGAAGAGAUCAUCAAGGUGUAUCUGAAGGCUCGGGCAGAGGACAAGGUGAAGAACGAGAAGAGCCCCCACGCGCUGAAAAGCGACAGUAGUCAGAGCCAAGAGCUGACUUCAGAAAAACAGAAUGGGUUCCGUCCACACAGAACUGCCUCGUAUCGAAGCUUGUCCGCAAGUGAGGAGGAGCCGUCCCAUCCCGGAGAAGACAUCCGAAUCAUGCGCGAGACGACCAAGAGGCUUUUCUCCAAGCUGCAGGAGGCGGAGAAGCGGCACCAGUCGGAUCGGGCUGCUUAUGAGACUUCCAUCUCCCACUACCGGAGGGAAGCGGAGCAGUCAGGCGCGGCCCUUCGGCAGGCAGAAUUUGAUCUGGCAGAGAAGGAUUUGAAGCUGGAGGAAGUUCAGCGACUUCUCUCGGGGAUGGAAAAGGAGCACCGCAGCCUGCUGCAGAAGAUGAAAGACGGCGAAUCGGAGCUGGAGGAGCUGCGGAAGCUGCAGAGCGACCAACUUGCCGAGCAGGAAAGGUCAUCCAAACUAGAAAAGGAAGUCGCUGCUUUGCGGGAGAAGAUCCACCACCUAGAUGACAUGCUCAAGAGCCAGCAGCGCAAAGUCCGGCAGAUGAUUGAGCAGCUUCAAAACUCCAAGACGGUGAUUCAGUCCAAGGACGCAAUAAUCCAAGAGCUCAAGGAGCGGGUGGCGUACCUGGAGGCCGAGAACCUGGAGAUGCACGAUCGCAUGGAGCACCUCAUCGAAAGCCAGGCCAGGUCCGACGGGUACGGCGCCAAGCCCCGCUCCAAAUCGGAGUACAGCAGCAGCAGCAAAAGGACCACCAAGUCCCUGGGGCCCAAGCCCUUGCCUCUUAUCCGAGUGGUGGAGACAUGAACGGAUUUCCCAGCCGUCCGCCCCGCCCGCCCCGAAAGGUUCGGCUCCAAACAGAAAGAGACUCGUCCCCAGCUCGCUUAUGCCCUUGGCCGAGGCUUCCAUAGCAGGCAGAGGCCGCCUGGACGUCGCGGGGAAAAAACCAAGGCCUGCCUGAGCCCGAUGGACUCUGCAGAGAGUUGAGAAGCAGGGGAGGGAAUUUAUGAAACCCGUCGCUUUUCCCGAGGACAGGACAGGAUCGUGUUCCUUUUGCGGUCCUUGCAACAGAUCUGCAAGACCUGGCUGGCAUUAUAAGAAGAGUUCCUUUAGUUUUUCUUUUUUUUAUAUAAAGACACCCCCUUCAAACUUUUCUUUUCCGGCUUUACGCGCUCCCGGAAAAGGGUGCAAAAGCCGGCUUUCCGUUCUGGAGGAAUCUUCGCAGGACUCGGAGCAGCGAGUUAAAGGCCUCUGUCGGAAGGGAGGAAAACCGCUUGUUUCAAAGAGGUCCACGGGCGUCGUUACAGUCCAAGCGGGAUGAUUUCUGCGCGGAGCCUUGUUCCGAGCUCCUGUGUUUUGUCAUGCUGCAGUGAGCUGUAACGUUGGGAGGGUAGGGUGGGCUGGGGAGGCCAUAAAUUAGCAUGCCGUAUAUAAUGCAAUAUAUAGACCCGAGUUUGGAGUGUUUGAGGUAUAUAAGCGUUAGGGCGAGGCGGAUCCCUAGAACCCAAGAGAUUCACCCAAAGCCUGAGGAAAUGGGUUCCCUCUGGAAAAGGCUGUGGCGGGGAGAGGCUGCAGUCAUGAGAGCUCCCUCAUCCAGGGAAGGGUGAGCUGAAAGCAGAAGAAGGGAACGUGAAGCUCAUCGCGUCAGGGCUUUUAUUUUUUUGAACCACCUUGACUGUCUUGUUUUUCGUUGAUCGCUGUGCCAUGCUUAAAAAAAAAAAAGUUACAGCCCA